AUGCAAUGUUAUACGGAGCUGCUGGCCCCUUCAGGGGUAACGCAUGCUUUGUCCGUCCCCUUUCUUUCGGGAACGUCCAACAAUUUGAUAGUGGCAAAAUCUACCCUUCUCCAGGUGUUUAACCUUGUUAACGUCGUCUACGGAUCUGCUCCUGGCCAGUCAGAUGAGAAAACCAGAUCACAGUACACCAAAUUAGUGCUGGUGGCUGAAUAUGCUCUCUCGGGUACUAUUACCGAUCUGGGUCGUGUGAAAAUACUCAACUCUAAAAGCGGUGGAGAAGCUGUUCUUGUUGGAACCCGGAACGCCAAACUUAGUCUCAUUGAAUGGGAUCCUGAACGUCACAAAAUUGCUACAACAUCCAUUCAUUAUUACGAGAGGGAUGAUGUGCACAUUAGCCCUUGGACUCCGAAUCUUGCGAACUGUCCCAGCCAUUUGACAGUUGAUCCGAGCAGCAGGUGCGCGGUACUCAACUUUGGGAAAAAGAACUUGGCUAUUUUGCCCUUCCACCAGGUGGGCGAUGACCUGGUUAUGGAUGACUUUGAUUCGGACGUUGAAGAACCCCCCAGGGAUACGAACCAUACGGCAGAAGGACAAGACGAGGCAAAAAAGUCCAAUGGACUAGCGUUCCACACUCCUUAUGCAUCCUCCUUUGUUCUCCCGAUAGCAGCACUAGAACCCGCAAUGCUUCACCCGAUAAGUCUAGCAUUUUUAUACGAAUAUCGGGAACCUACCUUUGGAAUACUAUAUUCACAAGUGGCUACAUCUUCUGCUCUAUUACAUGAUCGAAAAGACGUAGUCUUUUACUCGGUUUUCACGCUAGAUCUAGAACAGCGCGCGUCUACCACCUUACUCUCAGUUUCCCGCCUCCCAAACGAUUUAUUCAAGGUUGUUGCGCUCCCUCCGCCUGUUGGAGGAGCGUUAUUAAUCGGGACCAACGAACUCGUCCAUAUCGACCAAGCAGGCAAGACCAACGCUGUGGGUGUCAAUGAGUUCGCUAGGGAAGCAUCUAGUUUCUCCAUGGCCGAUCAAUCUGAUUUGGAAAUGCGCCUGGAGGGCUCUAUUGUGGAACAACUGGGAACGGAAAAUGGCGACAUGUUACUGGUAUUACUCAAUGGUAAAAUGGCGGUACUUAGUUUCAAACUUGACGGACGAUCGGUAUCUGGAAUAUCUCUACGGCUAGUCCCCGACCUGGCGGGAGGCUCUCUUUUAAAAGCGAGGCCGUCUUGUUCGGUUCCACUCGGUAGAGGCAAGAUAUUUUUCGGCAGCGAGGAAAGCGAUUCGGUUCUUAUCGGAUGGUCAAGGCCAUCUACUAGACCAAAGGAUCCACCGGUACAAGGAGCGGGCGACGAUAACAUCGCCGAGCUCUCCUCUGAUGAGGAAGAAGAUGAUGAGGAUAUAUAUGAAGAUGACCUAUAUGCAACACCAGUUCCAACAGGAGCUAAAGCCCGCGGCUCUUUAUCCGUGAAAGGUACUAACCUCAAUGACUAUACUUUUCGAAUCCAUGAUCGUCUGUGGAAUUUAGGCCCAAUGAGAGACUUGACCCUCGGUAGGCCCGCUGGCUCCCGAGAUAAGGACAAACGCCAGCCUGUCUCCAGCCUAUCAACGAAUUUAGAGCUUGUUGCAACUCAGGGAUAUGGCAAAGCUGGCGGCCUUACAAUACUCAGGCGUGAAAUAGAUCCUUACGUCAUCGAUUCGUUGAUGAUCAAGGACACAGAUGGGGCAUGGUCUGUGCAUGUUAAAGACCCCAAAUUGCCUUCGCAAAGCGGGUCGCUUCCGCUGAAUGCUAGCAGCAACUAUGACCAUUACCUUCUGCUAUCCAAGUCCAAAGGCUCGGACAAGGAGAAAUCAGUUGUGUACACAAUGAGCAGUGGAGGGCUAGAAGAGACUAAAGCGUCCGAGUUUAACCCUAACGAAGAUCGCACUAUUGACAUUGGAACACUCGCAGGCGGAACUAGAGUGGUACAAGUUCUUAAAGGUGAAGUACGGAGUUACGAUAGUGGUCUUGGUCUUGCUCAAAUAUUCCCGGUGUGGGACGAAGAUAUGAGCGAGGAAAAAUAUGUCGUGCAUGCGAGUUUCGCCGAUCCAUACGUCCUUAUUAUCCGCGACGACCAAUCGGUACUGCUUCUUCAAGCGGAUGGGUCUGGCGACUUAGAUGAGAUAGAAGCUGAUGGCAUCAUUAAUUCAACAACAUGGAUUUCAGGAUCGCUUUACCAAGAUAAGUAUCGGUCGUUCAUGUCUUAUGAAACAGCGCCCAGCAGAAAGCUAUCCGACAACGUCCUUUUGUUCCUCCUUAGCUCUGAAUCCAAACUUCAUAUAUUCCACCUCCCAAAUGCAAAGGAGCCUGUGUUCACUGCGGAAUGUGUUGACCUAUUGCCGCAAAUACUUUCAACAGAGCCACCUCCAAAACGAGCAACAUAUCGUGAGAGCUUAACGGAAAUACUGGUCGCAGAUAUUGGGGACUCUGUUAGCCGAACCCCGUACCUAAUCCUGCGAUCCAGCAACAACGACCUCAUAUUGUAUGAGCCAUACCAUACUACCCAUUCCACUGAAAAGAAAUCGUCUGAUUUGCGCUUUCUGAAAACCAUCAAUCAUCAUUUCCCGAAAUUCCAUGCCGGAUCAAACGUGGAAGAUAGUUCCCACAUCGGUGCGCUGCCGAAACCACUCCGCGUUUUAGGGGAUGUUUGCGGCUAUCGAACUGUGUUUAUGCCCGGAAAUUCUCCUUGCUUCGUAAUAAAAUCAUCCACAAGCAUUCCACAUGUUCUGAACCUCCGGGGCAAGACAGUCCAUUCGUUGAGCAGUUUUAAUAUACCCGCAUGUGAGAGAGGGUUUGUCUAUGUCGAUGCUGAUAAUGUUGUGCGGAUGUGUCGAUUUCCCAGAAACACUCAUUUUGAUGGCUCGUGGGCCACACGAAAAAUUGGCCUCGGCGAACAGGUAGAUAUUGUUGAGUAUUCCUCCUCGUCAGAAACAUACGUUAUCGGAACCAGCCAAAAAGUCGACUUCAACCUGCCUGAAGAUGAUGAAAUCCAUCCUGAAUGGCGAAACGAAGUGAUAUCCUUCCUCCCCCAAAUCGAUCAGGGGAGUGUUAAACUAUUAAGCCCGAGGACGUGGUCGAUUAUCGAUAGUCAUACUUUGCGAACUGCGGAGCGUAUAAUGUGUGUUAAAUGCCUGGACCUUGAGGUAUCGGAAAUUACGCAUGAACGUAGGGAUAUGAUUGCAGUAGGUACAGCAGUCACGCGAGGAGAGGACAUUGCUGCACGUGGUUGCAUUUACAUUUUCGAAGUCAUUGAAGUCGUUCCUGAGGUUGACAGACCAGAGACCAACCGGAAGCUCAAGUUAAUCGCCAAGGAAGAGGUUAAGGGCGCUGUGACAUCUCUCUCAGGAAUUGGUGGUCAAGGGUUUUUGAUUGCUGCCCAGGGCCAGAAGUGCAUAGUCAGAGGCCUCAAAGAGGAUGGUAGUCUUUUACCGGUGGCGUUCAUGGAUAUGCAAUGCUACGUUAAUGUUCUUAAAGAGCUCAAGGGUACGGGGAUGUGCAUCAUGGGAGACGCUUUGAAGGGCAUUUGGUUUGCAGGGUAUUCGGAGGAGCCAUACAAGCUAUCUCUUUUCAGUAAGGAUGACGGCACGCUCCAAGUGAUGGCCGCCGACUUCCUUCCUGAUGGAAAACGUCUAUACAUAUUGGUCGCUGAUGAUGACUGCAACAUACAUGUUCUGCAGUAUGAUCCUGAAGACCCUGGGUCUUCCAAGGGUGACAGAUUACUGCACCGCAGCACCUUUCACACGGGCCAUUUUGCCUCAACCAUGACCUUACUCCCCCGAACAAUAAUUCCAUCAGCUCAGGGACCAGACGCCAACCCAGACAUGAUGGAACUCGAUUCCUCCGGGCCGCUCUAUCACGUCCUUGUAACAUCGGAAACCGGGUCGAUCGCACUCAUCACUCCACUUUCUGAAACUGCAUACCGAAGACUCUCCGCCUUGCAAUCUCAGUUGAUCAAUACGCUCGAGCACCCUUGUGGGCUCAACCCCCGUGCGUUCCGAGCUAUUGAGAGCGAUGGCAUUGGUGGACGGGGUAUGGUUGAUGGUGACCUGCUACAUAGAUGGCUUGAUUUGGGCACGCAGCGAAAGGCGGAGAUUGCGCAUCGGGUCGGUGCAGAUAUAUGGGAGAUUCGUGCUGACCUGGAGGCAAUUGGGAAGGGAGGAUUGGGAUACUUGUGA